GGGAGCGAGGGAAGGGCAAGAGUUCUGCUAGACAGAUGGCGAGAUUACAGCAGUUGAUAGAACUCUGGAGACGCUUGCUUUUCCAAUGUGGGCUGCACAAACAGUCGAGCCAUAUAAACAGACGCUGCAGAACAUAGAUGACCGAGAAGAAGAAGAAUCCUGAGAGAGCAGGGCCAGAGGACGUUAUUACGAUGACCACAUAAGAGAGAAAAAAAUCCGUAGAAAUCGUUACGCAGCAAAGCCUGGACUACAGUUUAUGAGGGGAAAAAACACAAAAGGUCUGAAGAUGCGGGUGAUUGUGGGCAUCAUGUGUCUGUGCCAUUGUGUAGUUGGUCAGAUGUUGGUAGCCAAAGCAAAGCCAACUGUACCGCGGUUUAUUUGCAGCAUCCCCGGUUUACCAGGAACACCAGGAAAGCCGGGACCACCUGGGCCUACGGGGGAUGAAGGUCACGUCGGAAUUCCGGGAAGAGACGGCAGGGACGGUCGGAAAGGAGAGAAAGGCGAGAAGGGGGAAACUGGAAUUAGAGGAAAAUUUGGGCCAACUGGCAACAUCGGCGAGCGUGGAGAAAGAGGUCCGACAGGUAAGCGAGGCCCAGAGGGCGAAAGCGGAGACAUGGGACAUCUAGGACCCCAAGGACGGCCUGGACUGAGAGGUGCAAAGGGCCAAAGGGGCCCACAAGGAGUACCAGGCAAAUGCCUCUGUGGCAGCCUGGUACCAAAGUCAGCCUUCUCGGUGGCUAUCACCAGCAGCUACCCGGCAGAACAAGCGCCAAUCAAGUUCAACAAAGUCCUGUUCGACGAGGGCGGCCAUUACAACCCGGAGACAGGCAAAUUCAUUUGUGCGUAUCCCGGCAUCUAUUACUUUUCCUACGACAUCACACUGGCCAAUAAGCACUUAGCUAUCGGCUUGGUCCAGAACGGGAAGUUUCGCAUCAAGACGUAUGACGCAAACACAGGGAAUCACGACGUCGCUUCCGGAUCAACUGUGAUAUUCCUCAACCCAGAGGACGAGGUGUGGCUGGAGAUCUUCUUUAAGGACCAGAACGGCCUGUUUUCGGAUCCGAGCUGGGCCGACAGUCUCUUUUCAGGGUUUCUGCUUUAUGCCGAAACAAGUUAUCUGGAUGCACUUUCGGAGGACUAUUCUUAGAUCGCUUUUCUUAAGAUGAACUAUUACAAGAAAUAUUAUUUUCAGUAUAAACGAUUAGGGAAAAUAUUAACUUAUCUGAUGAGUGCAAAGCAAAUAUUCUAUAGAUUUCAUUUUAUUUUUGUCUUUUAUGAUUUGAACAUAUUGAUAUGUGGGUUUAUUCUGCAAGUUAAUGGACUGUCAAACCUCUCUGGGCCUGGGACAGCUUCCCUGGUUGUCCCAUGUGACUCCCGGUGCGGAGUCGUGCUGUAUGUAGAAAUCAUAUUUCCAAUACAAAUUUUUAUACAAAAAAAGAUAGAAGAAUGCUGUUUUUCCAGAAAAUAAGGCAAUAAGAGAAUUUCUUUCCUUGUUAUGAUCGCUGUCUUCUGGAUUCUGUAUUUUCUGUCCAAUAAAAACACUACAGGUG